UCAUAUAUCGAACAUUACUUGGCUAUAUGUCUAGCUAGAAAGAAACUCACAAUAAUAUAUCAUCAAUAGUCCCGGACCAAAAAAAUGGGGAAUACCGGGUCUUGCUUCACUUCAUCUAGUGAUGAUGAAAUUCAAGCUUUUCCCAUUGACACCAAGUUCAAGUUUCCUUCUCCAUUGCCUUCUUGGCCUCCAGGUGAAGGAUUUGCAAGUGGAACAAUUGAUCUUGGAGGACUUGAAGUUUGUCAAAUAACAUCUUUCAAUAAAAUAUGGUCUACUUAUCAAGAUGGGUCAAAUGACAUUGAUGUCACAUUCUUUGAGCCAUCACCAAUACCAGAUGGUUUUUCCAUCCUUGGUUGCUAUUGUCAAUCUAACGACAACCCACUUUUCGGUUGGGUUCUUGUCGGAAAAGAUGUUUCUGGUGGAACCCUGGCUAACCCGAUUGACUAUACUUUAGUUUGGACUAGUAGUGAAGGUUCAUGUUGUUUUUGGCUACCAACACCACCAGAAGGUUAUAAAUCAGUUGGCUAUGUCAUCACUACUUCACCCGAAAAACCUUUCUUAGAUAAAAUUUCGUGUGUUCGAGCUGAUCUAACGGAUGAGCUAGAAUUUGAUGCAUUAUUAUGGGGCUCGAAAGAUGUCAAUGUGUAUGGAUUAAGGCCGAAAGUUAGAGGUAGACAAGCUCAAGGGGUGUCUAUAGGUACAUUUAUAAUUUCCAAAAAUAAUGGAGAUGAUAGUACAAGUUUAUUAUCUCUGUCUUGUUUAAAGAAUACUAAUUUUGGAAACUUAACUUUUUAUAUGCCAAAUUUUGCCCAAAUUGAUGCAUUAAUUCAAGAAUACUCACCAAGAUUCUACUUUCACCCUAAAGAAACCUAUUUUCUUGCUUCUACAAAAUGGUAUUUUACCAAUGGGGUUCAGUUAUACCACACGGGAGAGGAAUCAAACCCUGUUUUGGUCGAACCUACGGGCUCAAACCUUCCUCAAGACGGUUCAAACGAUGGCACGUACUGGCUGGACCUCCCGAUUGACGAAACUGAGAAAGAAAGGGUCAAGAAAGGUGACUUACAAAGCGCCGAGGCUUAUAUACAUGUCAAACCGAUGCUUGGAGCCACAUUUACCGAUCUAGCCAUUUGGAUUUUCUAUCCGUUUAAUGGUCCAUCAACUGCUAAAUUUGGGCUGGUUGAUAUUCCACUUGGAAGGAUUGGUGAACAUAUAGGAGACUGGGAGCAUGUGACACUUAGAGUUAGUAAUUUUAAUGGGCUUUUAUAUCGUGUUUAUUUUGCACAACACAGUGGAGGGAUGUGGGUAGACCCCACGUCCCUGGAGUUUUUAGAUGCAAGCAAUAAGUUUUCAGCUUAUCCGUCUUUAAAUGGCCAUGCAACAUACCCCGCCCCCGGACUUAUUCUCCAAGGAACCGAAGUGAUAGGAAUUAGAAAUGACGCCGCAAAAAGUGACAAGUAUUUUGAUGUAAAAGAUGCGUAUUCAAUUAUCGCGGCUGAGUACAUUAGCAAUGUAACUGAGCCGCCAUGGGUCAACUACAAAAGAAAAUGGGGACCAAAAAUAACGUACGAGAUCGGAACCGAGAUCGAAAAAUUGCAAAACUCGACCGGAACUAUACGAUCGGCCAUUGGAAGUUUGGUAAGUGUUAUACCAAGGGAAUUUUCAAGUGAGGAUGGACCUACUGGACCUAAACUGAAGGGUGAUUGGGAUGGAGACGAAAGGUGAAUAAAACAUUGUUAGUUUAUCGACCAAUUUACUCUUUAUUUAUUAUAUCGAACAUUUCCAUUCCUUUCAUAUUAUUUGUUGUAUGUGAUGUGAUGUAAUGUGAUUGAUUGGAGUGAUACAGAUUUUACUUGUUCCACAA